CCGCGCCCACCGCGCGUGGAACUGACAACCGUGCGAAAGUGUCAGCAGGCACUGGCUGUCUGCCUGGCAUGGAGGUGGCACUCACCGCUUUCUCUUCGAGUCUGCUUUGACAAGUUGCCGUCAACAAAAGCACGCAGGCAGCUAUGUCGGAGGAGAGCGACUUUGAGAAGACGCUCGCCUCGAUUGGAGGCAAAGAGAGGAUCUAUUUGGUGAGCGAUGCGGGCGAAAGUAAGGGCGCGAGCCAGAGCGACGCCGACGUGCUGCGGGAGUUCAUCGGCGAUUUGUUCGGCGACCGUCGGCCCAUUUCCAGUGUCGCUGCGGGCGGUCAAAGCCACGUCUGCGCUAAAAGUGACGAUAAACCUCUACCGGGGAAGCCGGACGAUUUGGACUCAGGAGCCCGCCCUAGUGGCGCUCACAGGACAGUGACCCAGCAGGUGAGCAGCUCCAGCCGCCGGAGGACCAUCGACUGCCCCGCCAUCGUGUUCCUCUUCAGGCAGACUUUCAUCAGCAGCGAAGUGUGCUUGAAGGAGGUCCUCAAGGACGUCCAGGCGCGCACCAAACGAGCCAGCGGCGCCGUGCCGGCCUUGAUCGGAUUAGUGCGCAUCACCGCCGGGGAGCGCGACGGUGAGAGCCGCUGGUGCGAGCAGCGCCUGGAGACGCUCCUCCACAAGGUGUUCCCGCAACAUCCAGCGGACACUAUAUGGGUGGGCUCGUUCGUGCCCGGCACGCCGAGCGGCGUGCUCGACAUCAAGAAGAACGUCUGCAAGGUCAUAGCGUGUGCCCAAACAGCAGAUAUCACCAGGGAUAGCGGGAACCCGCUUUUGUGGCCAUUCCAGUGUUUGUUCAGGCCUAAUCGAGGAGGAUCCAGAGGAGCAGCCAACAGUCCUCCAACCAGCAAGCAAAGAGGUGACUCUGGAAGCAUAGAGGAGAGCAUCCCUUUGAAAAACAAUUCCAUGUCCGCUGGGCCUAACGAGGAAUCAGUUGGAGCAGACGCCUGAUGUCAUGUGACCAAGAGCCCAUCACCGUGGACAAUAAUGUUGUGACUCCGAAGGGAAAAUGCUGGUGUCAAAAGCAUUCAGGUUGUCACGGAUGUCAAUUCCUGCUGCUCCAUGUUUCUCAAUGCUGAGCCAGACAAAACACAAUAAUACAGACUUGCCUUAUCAUGACACACUAUUGAAGAAGUACAAUCAGUUAUUGCACACAUUAUAAACAGUAGAACAAAACGACUGUAACUUAUGCAUUCUGUAUUUUGGGUUAAAGUUAUUUGGGCUAUUUUUUGUUGUUGUUGUAAACAUUAUAUUGUGCCUUAGAUUUAUGCUUCUGACAACUGUAGUAAUAAACAAAUUAGCUCGGUUGUUUGUAUUUAUGAGGCUUAUGGAUUGUCCAUGAUGUGUAAAUUAAAAAAAGUUCACAAUU